AUGACUUAUUCUAUGAAGCAUGCACUACUCGUGGGCUUCACUCUUUCUACGGCAGUGCUUGGUCAGGAUUGUGGCAGAUAUACCGUGUUCACUGAUAGAGGCGCGAGCUCCAAUGAUUUCAACUGUGAUGCAUUUAUUGAUGAUGCUAUGAUGCCGUAUCUUGCAUGGUUUAACGGCACUACCACGCUCACCCUCACUGGUGGACCAGCGUCUGAAUGCCCGGACACAACCUGGGAACCACUGAAAAACUCGUUGCUCAUUGGCGGCAUGACCGUUCCCGGCAACAAAACGCUCGACCGGACCAAGUAUGAUAACAACACCUUCUACUUUGUCAUGCCUGAGCAGUCAAACGACAAUAUCAGCGUAUCCCUCCAGUCCUCAUCGGACGAAUGGUAUGACCAACCCCAAGGUUGGCAGAUCAACGCAACCAAAGCUGGAGAUGGCUACGACAUCGCCGGCUACUGGUUUGGUCAAUUGCCAGACAACAACGAGCUCGACUUUCCCGGCGUCCCUGGCAAACAUUGUUGGGACAGCGGUCCAGUCUGGCCGGGAAUGAAGGGCUACUUUGACGAAUACAAAUGGACCCUCGUCGGACACCUGUCUCCCACGGCCGCAAAUCUCAGUGUCAUCAUGACCGAGACAGACGAUGAUGGGUCAGUGUGGCAUAUCUACACAAAUUUCACCGGCAAGGCUGGACCAAAGGGGCCCAAGUUGGUGACUACUGGGGACGCGCCGACCACGGAUGCUCAUGCUUGA